UUGCAAUUCAGUGUCUGGAAACUGUGUUUAAGAUUAGCCUGGAAGAUACUCAUCUUGCACCUCCACAGCACUUGAUAGAAAUGUUCACAAAUUCUUUUCACAAGAACGAUAUGCUGCCUCUCUCAGAUUCUCUACCAGAGGAUGUUGAAAAGGCUGACCAACUUAAGGAUGAAGGUAAUAAUCAUAUGAAAGAAGAAAACUAUGGUGCUGCAGUGGAUUGUUAUACUAGGGCUAUAGAGCUGGAUCCGAACAAUGCAGUCUAUUACUGCAACAGGGCUGCUGCUCAAAGUAAGCUCAACAACUACAGUGAAGCAAUAAAGGAUUGUGAGAGAGCCAUAGCAAUAGAUCCGAAGUACAGCAAAGCAUAUGGGAGAAUGGGGUUGGCUCUGACGUCAGUGAAUAAGUAUGAAGAAGCAGUUACCAGUUACCAAAAAGCACUGGAUCUUGAUCCAGAAAAUGACUCUUAUAAGUCAAAUUUGAAAAUAGCAGAACAGAAACUAAGAGACAUGUCCAGUCCUACUGGAACUGGACUGAGUUUUGACAUGGCAAGCUUGAUAAACAAUCCUGCCUUCAUUAGUAUGGCAGCAAGCUUAAUGCAGAAUCCUCAAGUUCAACAGCUGAUGUCGGGGAUGAUGUCAAAUGCCAUUGGUGGCCCUGCUGCGGGUGUUGGUGGCCUGUCAGAUUUGUCCAGCCUGAUCCAUGCGGGGCAGCAGUUUGCACAACAGAUACAGCAGCAGAAUCCAGAGCUCAUAGAGCAACUGAGAAAUCAUGUCCGGAGCAGAUCUUUCAGUGGCAGCACUGAAGAGCAUUCCUGAUUUAAAGGAGGCAUGUGGAUUUGAAUGGUAUAUAAUCUCAAAAUGCAUACCAUAGUUAGUAGCAAAAGCACCAUUGUAACUCUUCUGCUUGAAUAGAAGACAGAAAAUUCUUUGUGUGUGUUUGCAAACAAGAAUAAAUCUGUUGAACAGAUCUAUUGCACAUAACUUGGAACAUAUCGUUUAUGUAUAGUUACUCCUCUGAAAAUUAAUACACUAAAUAGGUGGUUUAUUGAAAUCCCUAAGUACAAAUCAUUUUCAGUAUGUGCAUUAGAUUGAUCUCCAGGGCUAUAGAGUGUGGAGGCGUGUUGUAGUGGGCUGAUCUCGUGUAACAGCUUAAUUCUAAAAUCUUAGUGUAAAACGCACAUUAUUCUUAUGGUGA